UCUUAAUGCUCAGACAUGCCGCACAGAAAGAGAUGCCACGGUCGUAAGAAAAGCACCAAUGAGAAAAGUGACCCCUCAGCACAAAAACAAGCCCAUGUCCCUCAGACCUCAAGGUUUCAGUCUCAGCAGGUCACACCCACCUCAGAGUCACAGGUUUCGACAGCUAAACCUGCACAAUAUGAGAAAGGACCCAUGCAAUCUGCCACAGCAGCCGCGGCUGUUAAACCCGGCACCACCCCUGCAUCCCCAGCAGCUCCAUCCGUAACUGCCUCUACUGCAGGAGCUGUGGGUGGUGGAGGGGCUGCUGGUACUGCAGCGACUAAGAAAGGACCUCCUCAGGUCACACAACAGGCUACAGUCUCUAAACCCACACCUCUCUUGCCGGCCAAAGAUCUACCUGUGAGUUCUGGAACUGGAUCUUCUGGCACAACAGGUGGAUCGGUGAAGCCAUCCACAGUCACUGUGAAGCCCAAAGACCCUGCACAAGAAAAGACCCAGAGUACAACUAUUCCUUCAACCAAACUGGGACCUGCAAAGGUGGAUCCAGUUGUCGGAAAGCCCUUAGCCAUGGCUGGUUUACCUGGAAGUGGUGCCCAAAAGGCGAUAAGUGGCCAAAAGGUGCAAGUGGAAGUGGGCCCAGCAGCUAAAGUCAGUACAGAGGCUGGAGAUCCAUUUGAUGCCCUGGCUGGGACGUUACCAUCAUCAAAACCUGUGGCUCCUAAAGUCCCAGAACACACAGGACCAGAAGUCAAAGAGCCUAGUGUAAAACCAGAGAAGGGUGUUUUGUGUGGUGAGAGAGAUGACACUCUGCCGCCAGGGUACAGAAGGGAAGACCUGGAAAAGAAAAUACCUGCUGGAGUUCCUGAGAAGCCUAAAAAUGUUCCCAAGCCUAUAAGCACAGAUGAGGCGCUGGACUCGCUCUCGGCUGGGUUUGUGUCUUCAGCUCCGAGUGCUCCUAAGAAGACAGAGGUGAAAACUGAAACUGUUGGUGCAGUGGAUGCGCGCUCCAACUUUGCUCCUCCUCCAGCUUAUCAGCAGAAACAACAGGCGACGUCUCAACCUGCUCCUGUAACCAAAUCACCUGCUCCACCAGCUGACAAGAAAGCCAAGAUAGAGAAGCUGGACAGUUCCAUGCCGAUGGACGCUCUAAGCUCUUUGGGAGACACACUGGGCGCUCCAGAACCACCAAAGAAACUACCUGAACUCAAACCUGGUGACAUAGUUGAUGAGAAAAAAAUUAAAUCAGAAAAGGGUGUGCGUGUUGGGGAGAGAGAGGACACACUCCCACCAGAUUACAGAUUCUCAGAGAAAGAGCUCCAAAAACUCCCCCCUCCUCCAAAAGAGCCCUCACUGGACACAGAUGAAGCACUGGACAUUCUCUCUGGAGGGUUCACGGCUCCCGCUGUAGCACCUGUUGUCAAGGCCCCCGUUCCUCCUCAACAGGAAAAGAUGAAACCUACUGCAGUUCCUGAGAAGUCUAAAGAUGUUCCCAAGGAAAAGACGAAACCUUCUGGAGUUCCUGAGAAGUCUAAAGAUGUUCCCAAGGAAAAGACGAAACCUACUGCAGUUCCUGAGAAGUCUAAAGAUGUUCCCAAGGAAAAGACGAAACCUACUGCAGUUCCUGAGAAGUCUAAAGAUGUUCCCAAGCCUAUAAGCACAGAUGAGGCGCUGGACUCGCUCUCGGCUGGGUUUGUGUCUUCAGCUCCGAGUGCUCCUAAGAAGACAGAGGUGAAAACUGAAACCAUUGGUGCAGUGGAUGCGCGCUCCAACUUUGCUCCUCCUCCAGCUUAUCAGCAGAAACAACAGGCGACGUCUCAACCUGCUUCUGUAACCAAAUCACCUGCUCCACCAGCUGACAAGAAAGCCAAGAUAGAGAAGCUGGACAGUUCCAUGCCGAUGGACGCUCUAAGCUCUUUGGGAGACACACUGGGCGCUCCAGAACCACCAAAGAAACUACCUGAACUCAAACCUGGUGACAUAGUUGAUGAGAAAAAAAUUAAAUCAGAAAAGGGUGUGCGUGUUGGGGAGAGAGAGGACACACUCCCACCAGAUUACAGAUUCUCAGAGAAAGAGCUCCAAACUCCCCCUCCUCCAAAAGAGCCCUCACUGGACACAGAUGAAGCACUGGACAUUCUCUCUGGAGGUUUCACGGCUCCCGCUGUAGCACCUGUUGUUAAGGCCCCCGUUCCUCCUCAACAGGAAAAGAUGAAACCUACUGCAGUUCCUGAGAAGUCUAAAGAUGUUCCCAAGGAAAAGACGAAACCUACUGCAGUUCCUGAGAAGUCUAAAGAUGUUCCCAAGGAAAAGACGAAACCUUCUGGAGUUCCUGAGAAGUCUAAAGAUGUUCCCAAGCCUAUAAGCACAGAUGAGGCGCUGGACUCGCUCUCGGCUGGGUUUGUGUCUUCAGCUCCGAGUGCUCCUAAGAAGACAGAGGUGAAAACUGAAACCAUUGGUGCAGUGGAUGCGCGCUCCAACUUUGCUCCUCCUCCAGCUUAUCAGCAGAAACAACAGGCGACGUCUCAACCUGCUCCUGUAACCAAAUCACCUGCUCCACCAGCUGACAAGAAAGCCAAGAUAGAGAAGCUGGACAGUUCCAUGCCGAUGGACGCUCUAAGCUCUUUGGGAGACACACUGGGCGCUCCAGAACCACCAAAGAAACUACCUGAACUCAAACCUGGUGACAUAGUUGAUGAGAAAAAAAUUAAAUCAGAAAAGGGUGUGCGUGUUGGGGAGAGAGAGGACACACUCCCACCAGAUUACAGAUUCUCAGAGAAAGAGCUCCAAACUCCCCCUCCUCCAAAAGAGCCCUCACUGGACACAGAUGAAGCACUGGACAUUCUCUCUGGAGGUUUCACGGCUCCCGCUGUAGCACCUGUUGUUAAGGCCCCCGUUCCUCCUCAACAGGAAAAGAUGAAACCUACUGCAGUUCCUGAGAAGUCUAAAGAUGUUCCCAAGGAAAAGACGAAACCUACUGCAGUUCCUGAGAAGUCUAAAGAUGUUCCCAAGGAAAAGACGAAACCUUCUGGAGUUCCUGAGAAGUCUAAAGAUGUUCCCAAGCCUAUAAGCACAGAUGAGGCGCUGGACUCGCUCUCGGCUGGGUUUGUGUCUUCAGCUCCGAGUGCUCCUAAGAAGACAGAGGUGAAAACUGAAACCAUUGGUGCAGUGGAUGCGCGCUCCAACUUUGCUCCUCCUCCAGCUUAUCAGCAGAAACAACAGGCGACGUCUCAACCUGCUCCUGUAACCAAAUCACCUGCUCCACCAGCUGACAAGAAAGCCAAGAUAGAGAAGCUGGACAGUUCCAUGCCGAUGGACGCUCUAAGCUCUUUGGGAGACACACUGGGCGCUCCAGAACCACCAAAGAAACUACCUGAACUCAAACCUGGUGACAUAGUUGAUGAGAAAAAAAUUAAAUCAGAAAAGGGUGUGCGUGUUGGGGAGAGAGAGGACACACUCCCACCAGAUUACAGAUUCUCAGAGAAAGAGCUCCAAAAACUCCCCCCUCCUCCAAAAGAGCCCUCAUUGGACACAGAUGAAGCACUGGACAUUCUCUCUGGAGGUUUCACGGCUCCCGCUGUAGCACCUGUUGUUAAGGCCCCCGUUCCUCCUCAACAGGAAAAGAUGAAACCUACUGCAGUUCCUGAGAAGUCUAAAGAUGUUCCCAAGGAAAAGACGAAACCUACUGCAAUUCCUGAGAAGUCUAAAGAUGUUCCCAAGCCUAAAGUGGAGGAAUUAUCAGCAUUAGAUGCUCUGGCAGGUGAUUUUGUGGCUCCUGCACAGACUGCUCAUAAGGUUUCUUCUGCUGUUCCCAAUAGAGUACCUCCAGGACCCAAACAAAAAUCACAGACAGACGAGGAUGCUCUCAGCGCUUUGGGCGACACUCUGGGUGCACCAGAACCACCAAAAAAAUUACCUGAACUGAAACCUGAGGAUAUUGUUCAUGAGAAGGAUGUGACAUCAGAGAAGGGUGUGCGUGUUGGGGAGAGAGAGGACACACUCCCACCAGAUUACAGAUUCUCAAAGGAAGACCUUGAAAAACAUCCUCCUCCUAAAACAGAGCCUUCCUUAGAUGUUACUGAAGCUUUGGACAUUCUGUCUGGCGAUUUUAAGGACACCCCUGCACCAUCUGCUGCCAAGACCUCUGUUUGUCCUUCUUCAAAGUCUCCAGCUAAGAAAUCAAUGGAUGAUACAGCGGCUCUUGACCUUCUAUCUUGUGAAUUCACUGAAGUACCCACCGUGAAACCAUCUGCACCCGAAGCCCACCACUUUACUCCUGAACCAGUCCCCCCAACCCACACGGCACCAGGUCCAGCUUUGGAGCAGCUGGCGGAAAAACUGAUUCCACACUUGCCAAACACCAAACCUAAAGACAGCAAACCAAAGGGGAAAGUGGGAAAACCAAAAUCUAAAUCAAAGAAACCCUCAGUAGGAGAGUCAUUGGCUGUUGACAAGCUGUCUGGUCAGCUGAGCUCAGAUGUGGUGCCUUCAUCUUCCACAAAGGGUGGAAAAAGAUAGAUCCAUACGUUUACGUUGGAUUACAUCUCAUCCCAAUCACAAGAAACUGUCAACAGAGGGAGCUGCUUGGACAAGAAAUAUAUUUUAUGGUGGACACGGAAUGAAAAAUAUAUAUAACUGCACAGAGACACUUAAACAUGUAUUUUAAAAGUUUCUCCCCUCCUUCAAGUAAAUUUCCUAAAGCAAAAAAUAAAUAAAAAUGUAAUGAUCUUUUAUCUCCUUGUGACUGAUAAAACUGACUGAUGGUUGGUUAUAUCAAGAGGAAAUAUUGUUCUUUCAGCUCAAAGUAAUCUCUUUUCGGUGAGGUGUUGUGAUAUAGUUAUUCCCACAGUAAAAAUAAUAUGCUGUUUACUGGGGAGUCUCAACAGUCUAAUUCUAUUUAUAGAGUUUUCUGUUGUUUGGAAAAUUUUUGAGACACUAUUGUACAGAGACUUCAUUGUUAUGAAUUCAUUUACCGUUUACAAUACAGAGAUUCCUAUAAGGAAUUACUGUAGAUGACCUUGAUUAUGAUACCUUUUGAAUGCUGUUGUAUAUCUGUAUGACACUAAUUCAAAAGAAAGUUUGUGUGGGAAUUGUUUUUCUUUGUGCGUUAUUACAAAACGGUUAGUGUUGUUUCCUAAAGUGUACUUACAAGGAUUCUCUCCAUCUGUCUGUAAAAAAACUGUUUAAAAAAAAAAAAAAUUACAAAAUUACAAAACAAUUAAAAUGAGUCUAAUUUAAGGCCUUGUUCCAUUCGAGCAACUUCCUGUUGCACUGUUAACGUUUUAUUUACUUGAUUUCAGAGGUGAUUUCAGAAUUGUGUAGCUUAAAGCUCAAGAUUUUAACACAUUUAUUUUCAAAACCACUAGCAAGUUCACAGGUGUUGCAUUAGAUGUGUUGGGUUUAGUCACAAUCUUUCAUUUUCAUUUUAACUAAGAUGUGUUGGUUUAAGGGCAACCACAACACUACAGAUUGUUUAAUCACAAAGGACAGACUCGGAGCUAUAACCUUUUAAUCCGACAGUGUAUGACAGAAAAGGAGUUUCAUAAUUCUUAACAAUUAGACGUUUUCCGUCUUGUUAGAUCUUCCAAAGAACGUUGUGACGGUGGUUAUUUUCAAGAAGGGGUUUCUAUCAUCAGAAGAAGCCCAAUUAUGUUUGUUUUGAUGGUUUGUAAGAAUGUGUUUUUAAUGGUCAUGUGCAAAUAAAGAUGUGGUUGAUAUUUUGGGGCUCAAAUAGGCUAUAUUAUUUUUGGGUGCAUGCUGUUUGUGGAGAAUUACAAUAGUUGAUCAAAUACAUCUUUAAAUGUAAAUUCAGGCUAUAAUAACUGUUUAGUCCAGCUUUCUUCAUCUUAACUGGUGAACAGUUUGUGUUGUCACCACUUUGAGCAAGCUUGUAAUUUAACACUUUAUACUGUAGAAGGGCAACAUUGUUUUUGAAAAGAUAUGCGUUACUGAUGUCACAAAGCAUAUUUUGAAAUAAAAGAGUGUAUUUACCCCCA